AUGCUCGCCAUGUUCAUGUGGGUGCCACUGGGCGCGGCCCUCGCCGUCGUCCGCAGCGCCACCUUCCUCGUCCUCCCGUUCUCGCUCUCCGUGCCCCUCCUCGCCGCCCUCGGCAUGCACAGCCGCCUCAUCGCCAACCCCUCCUCGGCGUCCAAGAACCUCUUCGCCUGCAACCACCGCUCCCUGCUCGACCCGCUCUACGUCGCCGCGGCCGCGGGGCGCGCGGACCUCGCCGCCGCCACGUACAGCAUCAGCCGCCUCUCGGAGGUCCUGUCGCCGAUCCCCACGUUCCGCCUCACCCGGGACCGCGCGGCGGACCGCGCCGCCAUGCACGCGAAGCUGCAGUCGCGCGGCACUGGCGGCGGCGGGCUGGUCGUCUGCCCCGAGGGCACCACCUGCCGCGAGCCGUACCUGCUGCGGUUCAGCCCGCUGUUCGCCGAGCUCGGCCACGACGUGGCGCCCGUGGCACUGCACUCGUCGGUGGGCAUGUUCCACGGCACGACAGCGGGGGGGUGGAAGGCGCUGGACCCAAUGUUCCUGCUCAUGAACCCCGUGCCGGCAUACAUCGUGCAGUUCUUGGACACCCUCGAGUGCGGCGGCGGCGGCCCGGAGGCGGCGCGCGCCGUGGCGAACGAGCUGCAGCGGCGGAUCGCGGAGGCGCUGGGGUACACGUGCACGGGGCUGACGAGGAAGGACAAGUACCUCAUGCUCGCCGGCAACGAAGGCCUCGUCGACGUCAACCACGGCGGCGGCGCCAAGAAGAAAUCUCCUACUUGUGCUACCUAG